AUGCAUUUCACACGCCAUGUUCGUGCCAUUGGUGGUGCGACUUUUGUUUUUGAACAACAGCAAUCCAACUCUGCAUCCCUCGAUGUAUCUCAAAGCAUUGCCAUUGGUUGUGAUCCAGUCUUGUGCCCCAAAGAUCACGUUCAAGAUUAUGGCAUUUUCAAAACUCAACGUCUUCAAGCUCCUUCCUUGUUGAGCGAGUCAGAUUUGGAGCAUGUGGACAUUUGGCUGCUCACCCAUGGUCAUGACGAUCAUUUGGAUGAAUUUGGUUUGGAAAAGAUUCUCAAAGGAAAACAAAGCUCUAUUAUUGUGGCUCAUCCUGGAGUUGAGAAGUUACUGACCAAAGCUUUGAAACAAACGUCGACGUCUUUUGGCGAUCGACAAGUGCAUUGGCUCUCUCCUCAACAAGAAGUGGAAUUUGAAGAUUUGAAUGGUUUUCAUGUCAAGAUUCGUGCGGUUCAUGCCUUUCAUGGAAAGUCUAAAUUCUUUGGUUCAAUACUUCCAAGAGGUAAUGGAAAUGGUUAUUUAGUCGAGUUGAAGGAAGUCUAUGGAAAGAACAGUCAUACACCCAGUUCUUCCAAUCAAGACGUGAUAACAAGCUCGAAUUCUUCCACUCGAUUCUAUGUCACGGGAGAUCAUGUUUUCAAUGAAGAAAAUAUUCUUCAAGAUACCAAUGAACUCUUUUCAGCUCCUUUGGAUUUCAUCAUUACGAAUGGAGGUGAAGCCACUGUCGAAAGAAUUCCAUAUGGCAUUGGCUCUUUGUUGCAUUUAGUAAUGGGACCCAUAACGAAUGGUGAAACACAUAUUCGAGCCAUGCAUGAACGUAUUCGUCCAAAACAAACGUUCGUGGUGCAUCAUGGAACUUUUCAACACUAUCCGCAAACUUACACGAGAGAAACCUUUGAAGUGUCGAGUGGAAUUAAGGUCUUGUUUGCAGGAGAUGAUGUAGAGGUUUGA